AUGGAGAACUUUGACGAUUUUGAAGAAGAAGGGAUAAAUGUGGCUUGUGACCUUCAUGACCUUAUAGAGCGUGUCUAUAUCGCUCCGGGUCAUGAUCAAGAGUUCCGAGAUUCAGUCGAAGGCCUGCUGGCGUCUGCCGGGCUUGAUGUGCCCAUUGAGGCUUCGGAGCUAGACAUUCGGGCUGUAACAGGAGCCAACGAGGUUACGACGAUCCUCGAACCCGGACUGAGUCAGUUUGGCAGUGUAGACGGUGUGGUCGUAUUUCGGGGCGAAUGCGGCAACAAAGCAGUGCUGCUGAUCGAGGCAAAGCGGCAGCCAUUGUGCAAGGAGUGGAACAACCAUAUUAGCAAGGCCGACGACAAGUGGAAUUCUAGCCACUUAGUUGUUCAGAUAGCGCGCAAGAUCGCCUUCAUUCAACAAUUGAAGGCCUGUGGUUCGGAUGCGGAGAUCUGCUUUCAAGCGUCCAAGGACUAUUGGUCAGGCGCACUUAGGCGUAUGAGUCUCAAGAAAGCUUCCGUUCUCGGACUAAUCAGGCGGUAUGAAUUCGGUAAAGUCCCAAUACUGACCGCAACUUUCACGGCCGGAAAUUGGUUGCCUCAACCGAGCAGUGGCGAUAAAGCUCUAAACGAUGUGCUUGGCCCUUGGGGCCUCUCGGAUCAAGGGGGGCCAAUACACCUGGACUUUAGACGCUGUCUUGCCGCCGGAGAUAAGGUUUUUCCUCUGUUCUGCCGAACCUUUUCACUUUGUGGUUGGGACACGAUUUACGAGGGUCGUGACUGGCGUGAGUGGCGUGAUCAUGUCAAAGACCAAGGUGCAGCAGGCGCACUUGAGGAUUUGGAGCAUUGGGCCAAAGAGGAAAGUCUAAGUUGGACCCAUUGCCACCACCGAAAAAGCAUGGAACAUAACACGCUCAAGAGAGGCCGGCCACUUCGUGCAGUUGCCAGAACGCGUGGCAGCUAUGGAACCUCUGGACCGAUGCUUGAUCUUCAAAUCAAGCAUGGAGUCGAGUUGCGAAUGCCCCGUGGUUGGAAUUGUUGGGACCCCGGUGUGAAGCUGCCUGAGAUGCCACCCGCCGGGAAUCAGUGGUGUCAUAACUUCCUUGUUCCUGAGGAGCCCAGUGUAUCCUGA